AUGUACAGGUUUUCGUAUCACAAUGUUCACAAGUGGGGUUGCACAAUUGUCAAGCACACCAGAAAUGUGGAACCCACAGAGAGACCUUCUCCAACAAGAGACAUUGGAGAAUAUGGUUGUGAUUUGCUGAGUUUUAUGAAGUUUAUAGAGUUUGAAGAUGCACUGGAGCAGGAGAAGAAAGAAUUACAAAUCCAAGUAGAACACCUUGAAUUUCAGACUCGACAGCUGGAGCUGAAGACCAAAAACUAUGCAGAUCAGAUUUCACGACUGGAGGAACGUGAAUCAGAAAUGAAGAAAGAGUAUAAUGCUCUACAUCAGCGUCAUACAGAGAUGAUCCAGACCUAUGUAGAACACAUUGAGCGAUCCAAAAUGCAGCAGGCUGGGGGAAAUAAUCAAACAGAGGGUAGUCUGCCUGGGAGAAGCAGGAAGGAACGUCCUAACUCUUUGAAUGUCUUCCCCCUCGCGGAUGGCAUGGUACGUGGGCAGAUAGGGGCCAAGACCAUCCCAACACUUGACUACUGGCACCUGAGUGACCUCGGCCAGCUGCAGUCCAACUCCAGCUACAAGGUUUUAUAG